UCCUUUCGGCGCAUCCAUGGAGACGGCCUUGUUCGAAAAGGCCAUGGUAGGGAAAUGGGAUGAAGUCGUCGAUAUAUGUACGGAAAACCCAUGGGCUCUAGUCUCCAGCAUCACCAGGUUAGAGGACACAGCAUUACACCUAGCUGUCUCGGACGGCCAAGAACAGACGGUCCGGAAACUGAUCACAGAGAUCAUUUCGUACCAACCAAACCCAGAAGCGGUUCUUCGAGUUGCAAACAAGAGAGGCAACACUCCUCUCCAUUUUGCUUCAUUGAUGGGGAAUAUUGUGGCCAUGUGUAAAUGCAUAGCAGCGGUUGAUUCUUCCUUGAUCGCUGUUCGUAAUCAUGAGCGAGAGACUCCGCUUUUCAUGGCUGUUCUCUUUGGCAAAAGAGAAGCUUUCCAAUGUCUUGUCCAGGUGCUUAGCCCGGAUGAGGUCUAUACGUGCUCCAGGAGGGAGACUGGUGACACAAUCCUUCACAGCGCCAUUUCUGGAGACCAUUUUGAUCUGGCAUUGCACAUAAUUAAAUUGUAUGGAAAACUGGUGAACGCUGUCAGUAAGGAAGGAAUCACGCCUCUUCAUCUACUAGCUGAAAAGCCUUCCGCUUUCCGAAGCGGGAGCCGCCUUGGAUUUUGCAAAAGACUCAUUUAUCACUGUAUCUAUCACCUUUUCAUCGCUGCUUAGCAUUUAAUUAAAACAAAAACUAAUCUUUCAGUUCUAUCCAUUCUUUUUAUAAGUGUAACCAUGCAGAUAUAAUUUUUUCAGAUAACUUAUAUUUUCAUGCUGGUGCAAAGGAUAUGUUAAUGUUCUCUUAUAAAUUAAUCAAAUCAUGGCAUGUUAA